AUGCCAGGAAUAGAACCUUCUAUUAUAACACACAAAUUGGCACUGAAUCCAGCAGCUAGGCCGAUCUCCCAGAAAAAGAGAAACCUCGGCACCGAAAAGCGACAAGCAUCAAUUGCCGAGGUACAAAAGCUCAUUCUUGCAAACUUCAUCAGAGAAAUCCGAUUUACAACAUGGCUCGCUAAUGUGGUUAUGGUAAGAAAAAACAACGGUAAGUGGCGCAUGUGCGUCGAUUUCACUGAUUUGAAUAAAGCAUGCCCAAAAGAUGCUUACCCUCUCCCUUGUAUUGAUACACUGGUUGACAACUCUUGUGGCUAUGGUACUUUAAGCUUUAUGGACGCAUACUCUGGCUACAACCAGAUUCUUAUGCACAAAAUGGACCAGGAAAAAACGGCUUUCAUAACUGAAAACGGAAAUUAUUGCUAUAAUGUCAUGCCUUUUGGUCUAAAGAAUGCAGGAGCCACAUAUCAGCGGCUAAUGAACAAGAUUUUCCAGCAGCAAAUCGGCCGAAAUAUAGAAGUUUAUGUUGAUGAUAUGGUCGCCAAAACAAAGCUCGGCGACUCUCAUAUUCAAGACCUAGCUGAAAUCUUCGGACAGAUCCGGCGAUACAACAUGAGGCUAAAUCCAGAAAAAUGCGCCUUUGGAGUGCAGGGAGGAAAAUUCCUCGGAUUCAUCCUCACAAGCCGAGGAAUUGAAGCAAAUCCAGAAAAAUGUCAAGCAAUACUCGCCAUGCAAAGCCCAUCCACAGUAAAAGAGGUCCAACGGCUAACAGGACGAUUAGCCGCUUUAUCUAGAUUUUUACCAUGCUUAGCACCUAAAUCGUCAAAUUUCUUUCAAUGUUUAAAAAAGAAUACAAAACAUUUUGAAUGGAACCAGGACUGUGAGCUGGCCUUCCAGAAAUUAAAAGAGUUUCUUUCAAAACCCCCUGUCUUACAAAAGCCUACACCCGGCGAGCCAUUAUACUUAUACUUAUCUAUCACUGACAAUGCUAUUAGUUCUGCACUUGUAACAGAAACAGAUCGGAACCAACAGCCAGUCUAUUUUGUGAGCAAGUCCUUACAAAACGCCGAGCUUCGCUACCCAAGGUUGGAAAAGCUCGCCUUAGCUCUACUGUUCUCAUCAAGACGCCUCCGACCAUAUUUCCAAAGUCACACAAUCAUCGUCAGAACAGGACAACCUUUGCGGCAGGUUCUUUCAAAACCCGAAUUAGCAGGAAGACUAAUUAAGUGGGCUAUCGAGUUGUCAGAAUUUGACAUUCAAUAUCAGCCACGAGGGUCGGUCAAGUCCCAAUACCUCGUAGACUUUAUCGCCGAGCUUACAGAACCAUGCUCAGACACAUCAAGUCCGACCUGGACCUUAUUUGUAGACGGGGCUUCCAACCCUCAAGGCGCGGGCGCUGGAAUACUACUCGAAAAUUCGGAUGGGAUAGUGCUCGAACACUCCCUCAGAUUCUCAUUCAAGGCCAGCAACAACCAAUCCGAAUAUGAAGCCCUCAUCGCAGGGCUCAGGUUAGCAACCGAUCUACAUAUUGAUAGUUUAAGAGUUUACUGUGAUUCAUUAUUAAUUGUCCAGCAGGUAAACCACACCUUUCAAACAAAAGACCCGAUCUUAUUAAAAUACUUGGAUAUUGUUCAUCAACUGUUACAAAAUUUUUCAACAAUAGACAUCAUUCAUAUUCCUAGGGAACAAAACCAUAGAGCAGAUAUUCUGUCAAAAUUAGCAACUACACAGACAAACACCACUACCCUCCUACAGUCAACACUAGAUAGGCCGAGCAUUGACACACAUAACGUUCUAAACAUUGCUGAUAAAGAAAAUUGGCAACAACCUUACAUUCAAUACCUCCGUUCGGGAACAAUUCCGAGCUACAUUGACAAUAAGGCUAAAUUUAGAAGACAGGCUUCAUAUUACACACUGUUAAAUGAUAACCUGUACAGGCGAGGAUACUCUCGACCUCUAUUAAAAUGUCUGAACAGGGCAGAUGCCGAACUUGUACUAUCAGAAACACACGAGGGAAUCUGUGGAAUACACUCUGGAGCUCGAAGCCUAUCACAGAAAAUCCUUCGAGCCGGUUUCUACUGGCCAACGAUAUGGGAAGAUAGCAAACACAAGGUCAGAACAUGCGAUAAUUGUCAGCGACAUUCGCCGACCAUUCAUCUACCAGCAGAACAUCUUCAUCAUUCAACGGUAAGCUGGCCAUUCGAAAAAUGGGGAAUCGAUAUUCUAGGACCUUUCCCCACUGCUCCAAGACAGGUAAAAUACUUGGUAGUGGCAAUUGAUUACUUUUCCAAGUGGAUUGAAGCACAACCUUUGGCAAAAAUCACAUCCGCACAAAUGAUAAGCUUCAUUUGGAAAAACAUAAUAUGCAGAUUUGGCAUACCGAGUAAUAUUAUAACUGACAAUGGCCGUCAAUUUAUCGACCAAAGUUUUAAAGCUUUUUUGCAGAAUCUUAAAAUAAAACAGCAUUUCUCUUCAGUCGAACAUCCACAGUCAAACGGAUUAGCAGAAGCAGCCAAUAAGGUUAUUCUCCAGGCUUUAAGGAAAAAGUUAGACGAUGCAAAAGGCUUAUGGGCCGAGCUCGUACCAGAAGUGUUAUGGGCAUAUAAUACUACCGUUCAUUCAACAACUAAAGAAAGCCCAUUCCGUUUGGUAUACGGAUCUGAAGCCAUGAUCCCCAUAGAAGUCUCACAUGGCUCCAUGCGAACGAUGGCCAAAGAGCAUGACCAAGCUCGGCAAGCAGAGCUCGAUCUAAUCGAGGAAAUACGAGAAACAGCAGCUAUUCGACACCGAGCACUGCAACAACAACUCAGCCGACGAUAUGGGCAGAAAGUAAGACCGAGGACCUUUAACACUGGUGACUUGGUACUCAGAAAAACCGAACAAACCCGCCGACCUCCUUCUCAUGGGAAACUUGCUGCAACAUGGGAUGGUCCCUACAAAAUAGCUGAAGUCCUCGGCAGAGGGGCGUACAAGUUGGAAGACAUUAAUGGCACUCAACUUCCUAGCACAUGGAACGUCGGCUCCCUAAAGAGCUACUACAGUUAG